UGUUUUGUCUUUAAUGGGGCGUGGUUAAUACCCCCUUACACACACACACACACACACGUACACACACACACAUAACUUUACUGAAGCGACCACAGCGCACACAAAGCGCUGUGUCGUCCUCAAAAAGCUAUCCAGCCCCUCCCGGCGAAAGGAAAUGAAGAGGAGGCUACAUAAGAAAUACUUGAUUUUGAUCCUGGCAUAUUCAGGUUUACUUUUGCUAAUCCCGUACGUGUUAGAUUACCGGGAUAAAUCCGUUCAACACGCGAGCCAUGGACUGCCGCAGCAACAACUCAGAUGCCCAGAUUUGGAGAACACAGUGGCGCUGCUGUGGGAUAACGGUUACAAACUUAACGGGAGCGACGCGACAGAGCACGCCACCAACAGGAGCCAGUCUCGGAUACACAUCUACUUGCAUGCCACAUGGAGGACUGGCUCCUCUUUUCUGGGGGAGUUAUUCAACCAACACCCGGAUGUUUUUUACCUGUACGAGCCAAUGUGGCACAUAUGGCAGGCUCUGUACCCGGGAGAUGCUGCCAGUCUCCAGGGCGCAGUGCGGGACAUGAUGAACGCCCUUUACCGCUGCGACUUCUCCGUCCUCAAACUUUACGCCGGCUCACAAAAUAUCACCACGUCGUUCAUUUUCGGAUGGAAGAUGAACAAGGUGAUAUGUUCGGCGCCGCUGUGUGAUGCGCACAAGCGCCACGAAAUAGGACUGGUGAAAGAGGACCAGUGCGCCAGGUGCCAAAAGCGGGACAUUAGGGAGUUAGAGAGGGAGUGUAAGAAGUACCCCGUGAUGGUGAUCAAAGGAGUCCGCGUUUUGGACCUGAGCACGCUCGUUCCUUUGAUGAAAGACCCGGCAAUAAACCUCCAGAUCAUUCAGCUCUUCAGAGACCCGAGGGCCGUGCACAACUCACGCCUGAAGUCCAAACAGGCCCUGGUGAAGGAGAGCAUUCAGGUGCUGAGGAGUAAGAAGCAAACCGACAAGUAUAAGCGGCUCCUGGUGCCGAGCAGCAAGGUGAACCGGGCCGAGAGCUACGUCUCCAGCGCCAUGGAGCUCAUCUGUGAUAACUGGCUCAGUGACAUGAUGCUGGUGAUGAACGCGCCUCCGUGGGUGAGGAGAAACUACCUACGCAUCCGCUACGAGGAUCUGGUUCUGCACCCCAUGGUGGAGCUGCAGAGGCUCUACCGCUUCUCGAACCUGUCCACCUUCCCCGCUCUGGAGAAGUUUGCGCUGAACAUGACGCACGGUCAGGGCUAUUCGUCAGACAGGCCCUUCCUGAUAUCAUCUAGGGAUGCAAAAGAGGCUAUUUAUGCCUGGAGGGAGCGACUCAACGUUGAGCAGAUAAAUCAGGUGGAGGCCUACUGCAGCGAAGUCAUGAGGCAGCUGGGGUACCAGAAAAACAGCGUGGAAAAAGCAACAUGAGGAUGUGCCACGAGGAAUCGAGAAAUGGGUUGAGGGGCCUGGAAUCGGAGGUUGAAGGCAAAAGGUGGAAUAACAAAACAAGCAGCUGGAAUGUGGCCCACUGGGAGCUCGCAAGCAUGGCUCUUGGGUUGUUUUCCUUCAGCCAAGCCAGGUCGAUGAACUGGAGAAAACUCUUCCAAGUGGAAAGAGAAGCCAAUCACAGACAGAUGAAUUUGAUACAGAGGGAAGGCAGCUUACUUGUACAGUGUGACCCGUUUAACACCAGCAGGGUCAGUGCAGAUAGAGAGAAUGUGAGAGAGGACAUAAACCUGAAGAGAGUGAUGAGAUAGGUUUGCGCUGCCGUUGCACUGGCCUGUCUCUACUGUCCUGUCCUUUUUAGUAGCACUAAUCCUUCCACAAAUCCCCUGCAGUCGAGAACCAAGAUGGGUCCUUCUUGGGAGAGGACUGCCAGGAUCCAGUGUGGCAGCAUCAGGUUCACCUGCACAACUUAUCUUUCCAGUCCUAUGGCUAAGCGUGGCAGUAAUCUCAAGCAUUACUGAUACUUAACUGCAGUCGGCUUACUAACAAUGCCAGUGUAGAUGCUUUGAGAGGAGAAACUAGAGUAUUUUCUGGAAAAGAGGUCUGACUGAGGACGUAUUGUUCCUCCCCCGGCCCCUCAGGAAUCCAGACAGCUGCAGCAUCUCUACUGACAAAACACUCACAUGGGUGUGAAAUUCUCUAAUAUCCUGUGGACAUGUCUUGGAGAGCUGCCUCUCUCUACUGCAAGUGAACUUUAUAGCAGGUUUUCUCAAACACAACAGGCGGUACUUAUUCAUACUGUAUACUAUUCUUAGUGUCUUUAGUUUUUGUCUCAAAUAUUGUAAAAUGCUGUGACAUUCCUCCGGUUGCAGAUUCGUUGAGGAGGGGUAAAAAGUCUACUAGCAUCCACGUGUUCAACUUUAGAAGUUGGUUCUGUAAUAAUUGUUGUGGGUGAAAUGCCUGAUGAAGUUCUCUUGUCAAACAAACAACUAAGACCAUUUAAACUGACUUCAAUAAAAAGUUAAUAAAAACUAGCAAAGAAUCUC